AUGACGUCAAUCGGCACGGGCUACGAUCUCUCCAACUCGGUCUUCUCACCAGAUGGCCGCAAUUUCCAGGUGGAAUAUGCCGUCAAGGCUGUCGAGAACGGAGGAACAGCUAUCGGCAUCAGAUGCAAAGAUGGUGUGGUGCUAGCAGUGGAGAAAAUCAUCACUAGCAAGCUCCUAAAACCCGGUUCGAAUAAGAGGAUCGCGACGGUGGAUCGCCAUGUCGGCAUUGUUUCGGCCGGACUUGUACCUGACGGUCGUCACUUUGUUUCCAGAGCUCGAGACGAAGCAUCCUCGUGGAGAGGUACAUACAAAGCUCCCAUCCCUACCUCAGCACUUGCGAACCGUCUAGGUGGCUAUGUACAAGCGUACACUCUCUACUCCAGUGUACGGCCGUUCGGUGUGACUUCUAUCGUCGGUGGAUGGGACUGUGAAGCGGAGCUGGCAGUCGACGGCCAGGUGGGUAGCGGUCCCAAGUCAGGUUCCGGUGGAAAGGUCGAGGGUGCUCCAGCUGGUGGACCUGGUCUGUACAUGAUCGAACCCAGUGGGCUCUAUUGGGGCUACUAUGGCGCUGCCACCGGAAAGGGCCGACAGGCUGCCAAGGCAGAGCUGGAGAAAUUAGACUUGACCUCUGGCAAGCUGUCUCUAUCGGAAGGUGUGAAGGAAGCUGCCCGCAUCAUCUACGUUGCUCAUGAAGAUAGCAAGGACAAGGAGUUUGAGCUGGAGAUGUCAUGGAUUAGCUCAUUGGAUGGUCCUACCAAGGGUCGUCACGAGGAGGUGCCCAAAGAAAUCCGCGAGGAAGCAGAGCGGUUUGCGAAGCGGGCACUUGAGGGCGAGGACGAAGAGGAGCAAAUGGAGGAAUGA